GGACAGAAAAAUAUAAGAAAGACUUUUGGAAUUCUGUUUUUCUCUUUUGGAGUUCGAGCAGGUUGAUUUUUGGCCGCGGUUUAGUUGUGAAGCGCUGAAUGCUAAAGCGCUAACUUAGCGGCUCUUCCUCAUUAUACUUUAUUGCGCCUCGAAUAAGUUUAACUUUGACACUUUUUCUAGUCUUUGAGCGGUUUUUAACAUGGGUUUGACUAUUUCGAGCGUAUUUUCUCGAUUGUUCGGGAAGAAGCAGAUGAGAAUUCUCAUGGUUGGUCUGGAUGCUGCUGGAAAAACCACAAUCCUGUACAAACUGAAACUGGGAGAAAUAGUGACAACAAUUCCAACUAUAGGAUUUAACGUCGAGACAGUCGAAUACAAGAACAUUUCCUUCACUGUGUGGGAUGUGGGUGGUCAGGAUAAGAUCAGGCCUCUUUGGAGACAUUACUUCCAGAACACACAGGGUCUGAUCUUUGUUGUGGACAGUAAUGAUCGUGAGCGAGCACAGGAAUCAGCAGAAGAGCUUCAGAAGAUGCUUCAGGAAGAUGAACUGAGGGACGCUGUUCUGCUGAUUUUUGCAAACAAACAAGAUUUACCAAAUGCGAUGCCCAUCAGCGAGUUGACAGACAAACUCGGCCUGCAGAAUCUCAGAAGCAGAACUUGGUACGUCCAGGCGGCCUGUGCGACUCAAGGGACGGGUUUAUACGAGGGAUUAGACUGGCUUUCCGAGCAGCUCUCCAAACGCUAAACUGCACUUCCUGUUCAAACAGGAAGUGUGUGUUUGUGUGUGCUGUUCCAAAGGACUUGAUGAGCGACGCUGUUUCAGUUGUUACCAAAAAUCCACCUGCUGAUGUCAAUCUUUUGGCAGAGCAUUUUAGUUUCUUCUUCUGAUUCGUUGCACCUUUUUUGACCUCGACUGACAUUUCUUUAGAUUUAUUCCACUUGAUGUAGCCCCAUACAGUCAAGCCCGAAAUUAUUCACACCCCUGGCAUAUUAUGAUGGUAAAGUUGGCUUUAUGGUGAGGCACGGUACUCACAGCAAGAAGGUUGCUGGUUCGAGUCCCGUCUAGCCCAGUUGGCAUUUCUGUGUGUGUGUUUACAUGUUCUCCCCAUGUUGGCGCAAGUUUCCUCUUGGCGCUCUGGUUUUCCCCACAGUCCAAACACAUGCACUAUAGGGGAAUUGUAUGAACUAAAUUGGCCGUAGUGUAUGAGUGUGUAUAAGUGUUUCCCAGUACUGGGUUGCAACUGGUAGGGCAUUCGCUGUGUAAAACAUA